AACUACGCGAUUUGUUUCCUUGUUCACGGUGGCAAGGCACUCAUAACGUUACUAAGAAGCGAGGAAUAUGAAUAGAAAUUGUGUUUUUUCGUGGAAAUCUGAGAAAUUCAAUCUCCGCGUGAAUUGAGAGAAUCCUGUUGAUUUAAGCUGGCCUGAGACAGAGUAACAUCUUUCAAGAUGGUUAAAGAACUAAAAUGCAUUCUUUGUGAAACCGUCUACAACUCCAAACAGGAGAUGGAAGAGCACAUGAGAAGUAUGUUGCACCACCGAGAGCUGGAGAAUCUGAAAGGCCGGGACUGUGGACAUGAGUGCCGGGUCUGCGGCAUAACAGAGGUGAGCCUGACCGACUAUGCCAGUCACAUCUCCAGUCCUUCACAUAAACAGCGUGUUGACAAUCAGAAGCGGCAACACUUAAACGAAGACCAAGAUGAAGAGUACUUUGACAAAGACAUUGUGAGGCUCAUUGAAAAUCGCAAAGAAAUGAUCAGGAAAGAAGAAGCUGCUGCAAAACAGGCUAAAGAAGAGCAAGAAAAUAUAAGAAAGUGGCAGGAACUUCGAACAAGAAAUAUGAUGUAUCAGCCCUGUGGCCCUUGGGACCGGCCAUAUUCUAACUUUCCGCAGAUGCCCAAGAGGGGUAGAGGCUCUGAAUGGCAGAAUUCAAGAUUUUCAUCCCCUGAAUGCAACAAAUGGUUUAACCCUAGCCGACAGGUUAGGUGUGCCACAUGGCAUGCUGAAGGACCCCCUGACUUUCAAAAGUGGGGGUCUUAUGGUCGUCAGGGAGGGAGCUUGCACAACCAAGGAAAUGUCUGGGGUGGUAAGCAGGGCAAAUAUGGAUUCUGCCCUCCACAUCUAAGACAGCAGUUUCCCUGGAACAACAGUCGAGUUAAUGUACCUUGGGGUCAGUGCAUACCAUCACAUAAGUUCUUUACAUCUUCUACAAGAGAGCAUCAGAAGACACCCAACAGAUUUGAGAAUCAGACACAAAGUGAACAGAGCCUUGAAGAAUCUGGUGAUCAUGAUCCCAACAAAGGUAAGGGUCAGAAGGCAGAGAAGGCUUAUCGUUGGGCACCAUAUCCAUCAGCUAAACUUGGGGAUCCCUCAUCUCAGACUAACCCUCACCCACCAUUAGAUAAGUCAGAUGUAAAAUCUCCUGAAAACCUAAAUGCGCAAAGUUAUAACAAGGGCAGUCAGGACAUGGAGAGGAAGUCUAAAUCAGAUCACAAACGCUGGCAUCAUAAAACCACUUUCUAUGAAGAGAGUAAUUCCAUGGAGCAGAAGAUUUCUUCUAAGAAUGUUAGCGGUUGUAGCAAGGACAGUUUUUCCUCAACCUCCACCACUAGAAGGACAGAGACGCCCACCAAGCUUUCUGAAAAUUGUUCAAAGAGGCCCCUCAAAAAAGCAGGAAGUCAAGAUUCUGUUAGCUCUAAAAGUUCUAAGCAUUCACAUUCAAGCUCAGAAAUCCCACAACAUGGUUCGUCCAGUGCACAGCAAGACAGACUGCUUUCGGAGAUGCUAAGAAAAGCCAAAGAGACUUUGCUUGAUAGAAAUACCUCUAUUGACACACCUGGCCCAGACAGCUGCCUUAUAGGAUCAAAUAAUAUGCAAGUAGAAAGUUCAGAAUUAAACAAGAAUCAAGCAUUACAUGAAAGUAAGAAGAAACUGCAAAAGAACAGGGGACAAGAAACACAUGGUUUUGACAGGCGCGUCAGCAGUGACCAAGAGCAAUUAACCAGUACUGAAACUAAUAUACAGAUCAGCAAUGUGCGCAGUGAAUGUAGGUCAUACCUGCAGUCCUUGCAAGUUAGUACCUCCACUAUAGACCACGAAGAUGAGGAGGACAGUGGUGAAAUGGAGGAAAAUCCACACAUACCAGUACAAGAUCAAGUAAUGGAAACACUGGAUGAAGGUUUGUGCUUAGUUGGUGAGGGCUCCCACAGCAAUCCAUCCCAACAAACAGCAAGUGACUCUGUACCCUCCUUAAGUACACUUGCCUUGCCUGCAUGUCUCCAGAGGGAUCUGAACCGCCAUAUGGGCACCAAAGUCAAAGCAGCAUCUCAUGAACCCAACUUAAAUAAUGCCAGACGUGUUAGGAACGUGAGUGACAUGCGAAAGAAUGAGGCUGAGAAGGACUCUGGACUUAAACCCACCUUGCGUCAGCUCAUCAGCUCCUCUGGCUCCAGACGGAAUGUUAACUGGGACCAGGUGUACCAGGAAGUGAACCGGAAGAAGCAAGGCAAGGGCCUACCAAGAUUUGGUAUAGAAAUGGUGCCCUGUGAACCUGAGGGUCUUAACCAGAUGGAUGAAGAUGAUGUACCUCUAUCUGAGGGCUUUCAUUGGGACUCUCUGUUUGACUCCAGUCAAGUGCCUACCCGCAAGCGUAGCUUGUCUGAAAGUAAUGUGGUCAAGGAUAGCCCUGCUGGCUCCAGCUCCCUCCUCAAUGCUGUCGUACCACUGCGAGACUCUUCUGCUUGUGGAUCCUCACAGCCAGCAAAGAGAGAAGAGUUGCAGGAGUCCCAAGGUCAUCUGGAGUUCCAGAGUUCAAAAGGGCAUGCCAAGGGUGUUGAGGAUGUUGAAAUAGAUGUUGACUGUGCAUCAGACACUGAACUGAUUGAUACGCAAGGAGCUGGGAAGAAACGCAGAGCUCGUGGGGAUGUUGUAUCUCCAGAGAUUCCUAAUGAAGACCGGAAAAACAAGAGGCAAAAAAUUAAGGCCAAGAAAGAGCGUUGUCAAGUGGAUCAGUUGUUAGCUGUGUCUCUCCGUGAGGAGGAGCUGAACAACUCUCUUCAGGCAGUAGAUAAUAGUCUUAUUCAGGCACGUGCUGCCUUGCAAGCUGCCUACUUGGAAGUACAACGUCUUCUGAUGGUGAAACAGCAGGUAACCAGUGAGAUGAACUCUCUGAGAACUGAGCGCAUUGAAAUUCUUCAAGGAAUGCAAGGUGAAUUUGAGCCAAAAGAAAGACACAGGAGCUGUGAGGAGAGCUUGAACACUUCAUCAACACAAGUUUCUCAGAUCACUGACAACUCUGUUCAUCAAUCCUCAGAUCCCCAUUCAACCACCUCAAGCUCUUCCCAGCCUGUUACUGUUAAACAGGAGCCUGUUUCACCAUGUAAGCCCAUUUCGGAGCAUAACCUUGUCAUCUCCCCCAACCCAGGAGCUCAAAGCACCGCUUCUGUCCAAAUGACGUUUGCAGCAUGUCAAACAGAAACUACCACCAGGAACAACAGUAGGAUGGACACUUCACAGGAUGCCAUAAGCAAAGCUUUCGAGACCUCUACAUUAGAUCACAGAUUAAAGCCAUCGCCCGUCAAAGAAGUUUGUCAAAGCUCUCAAGAUGGGUUAGCCAACCCUUCUUCCCCACUCAUGUCUGCAUCCCUCUCUCCCAAGCCACUGUCUCCCUCUAACCUCUCUGAAAGCAAUCCAGUUAAGCGUGUUCGAAAGCUAAAAAAAAGAAAGUGCCUUAAGAAAGCCAAGGGGAAUGAGCAGCCUGAAAUCAGUGAAUCUGAGCUUGAUUUAGAGCAGCCUGCUCUUCGACCAAUCCGCAAGUACCGAUCUCAUCGGCGAUCCAGUGAUCUCCUCACCUCUCCCCCAACACCAGAGAAGAAGGAUAAGAAUGAGGAGAUGGUAGUGACUGAAGCUUCAAAGCCACAACCACAGGGAAUAAAGCUCGCCAAACCACCGUUGAAUGAAGCCAAUUCUGAUUCAUCUGAUCUGGAGAUUGUAGAGCUUCCCCCCCCUGUGCCCACUGAUUUUGUCAAUUUAGAUUCUUCAGACCCAGAGGAGAUGCCUGAAAAGGCAGCCAAGGAGCCAGCCACUAUGCACAAAAUAGAAAAUCAAGCGAUAACAGAUCCACAAAAUCUUGCCUGUAAUGAGGUCACCUCCACUAGUGAAAUUGGCACUAGAAGUAUAGUCAAGGCUAUUGAAAGUGAAAAGAAGUCAGCCUCAGCGAUGUUGGAGUCCAAAGUACCUUCAGAUAUGUCAGAUCCCGGGGAGGAGGAGCUUCCGACAGAAGGAGACUUUGAAGGCCAUCAAGAGGCUGUGAAUGGAAUGCAUAUUCAUAAUGGACUGCUGUAUACUUGUUCAGGGGACCGCACUAUACGCGCAUUCAGCCUGAUUACCCGGAAGUGUGUGGCUGUGUUUGAAGGACACAGCAGUAAAGUGAAUUGCUUGUUGGUGUCAUGUGGUGGAGGCCUGCAGCAACGCCUGUACUCUGGAUCAAGUGACCAGACCAUCCGCUGUUACAGCCUCAAGACCAAAGAGUGUGUGGAGCAGCUGUCUCUGCCAGAUCGAGUGCUCUGUCUUCAUAAUCGCUGGAAAAUUCUGUACAUCGGUCUGGCCAAUGGCUCAGUGAUCACUCUCAGUCUUCGGAACAAUAAGCAGCUGGAUGUGUUUGAGUGUCACGGCCCGCGGGCAGUAAGUUGUCUAGCAACAGCCCAGGAAGGAGCUCGGCGCAUCCUGCUGGUGGGCUCUUAUGACACCACCAUCAGCGUUCGAGAUGCCAAGAGUGGCCUGCUGCUGCGAACACUGGAGGGACACACCAAAACGGUGCUUUGCAUGAAGGUGGUGAAUGAUUUGGUGUUCAGUGGCUCGAGUGACCAGUCUGUACAUGCACACAACAUUCACACAGGAGAACUGGUGAGGAUCUAUAAGGGCCACAGUCAUGCAGUUACUGUGGUGGCCAUACUGGGAAAGGUGAUGGUCACCGCAUGUCUUGACAAACUGGUCCGCGUGUACGAGCUCCAGUCCCAUGACAGACUUCAAGUCUAUGGAGGACAUUCAGACAUGGUGAUGUGCAUGGUGAUCCACAAGAGCAUGAUCUACACAGGCUGCUAUGACGGGAGCGUAAAAGCUGUCAGACUGAACCUGAUUCAGAACCACCGCUGCUGGUGGCAUGGCUGUACUCUCAUCUUCGGGGUGAUGGAGCACCUGCAGCAGCACCUGCUGAACGAUCACACCAGCCCAGCACAGCAGACCUUCAAAUGCCGCUGGAGGAACUGCGACUCCUUCUUCACAACCCGCAACAGCUCCAAAGAGGCCGUGCAUUGUCACAUGCAGAAACAUGCUGAGGACGACAGUAAAAUGGAGCCAUGAGGGGCCAAAGGAAUAUCGGACAUAACCUGCUCUUUUUUUCCCAUAUUGGGAAUGUCAUUCAAUUUUCACCAGAGGAGCCCUGUUCAUGGGUAUAUUUUUAUACGAACCAUCAGAUACCAACAACUGCCUCUUAGAUGAUGUCAAGUUAAUCAGCUAUGGUCAUUUUAAUAUCUGAGAAGUUGUUUUUAUGUCAAAGAAAAACAAGUAAGAUGUUCACGUGUAAGUUUAAACAAAAAGCUCUCUAAGAGGAUGUGUUUUGUUUGUAUGUUGAUGAGAGGAAGUCAUUCGUCUCCUCUUUCACUUCUAUCCGAAGUGUGAAAUAUGCUCAAUUCUUUUAUACCGAUGUGGCAUUGCUCUGAUCAAACAGAUUGAUUUCUGUAUCAGACAAACACUCAUCUGAUUAUACACCGUAUCGUCAGCUCUGAGAUUUACUGACCAAAUAAAGACAGAGAAACUGUGAGAAACGUUUGGGUACCAGUACAGCAAUAGAGGUGCGGCAGCUCCCUCAGCAAACACGUGCAGUUUUUCCACUCACUAUUGUGUGUGCGGAGUUUAGAGAUCCUCUGAUGUGCGAUUUAAAAGGCUUGUCAUGUCGAGCAACCAGAUUUUAUCAGGUUAAAAGCCAGUGUGAUCUGAGUCACAUCUAUAUGUGCUGUGAAGUUAGAAUCAAAUGUGGAUUGUGUUUCAGUGUGAACGGUAAGACGGGAUUUUAGUUUGUUUUUCCUCAUCAUUCAUUGGGCCUCUUUUGGUGUGGCGGUAAUGCAGCUAACAAACUCACCUGAAACAGCGUGACCGGAGAUGCAUCUAUAUGUGAUGUGCAUUUAGUGCCAGUUUAGAUUGUGUUUCAAUGUGAAUGGUAAGACUGAAUUUGAAACAAUCGUUCUCAUCAAACUGCUUUUAUUUUAUAACCAUCCAGAUUACAAAUUCGCACAUAACCCAAUCGGAAUGAAUCUGAAUCGUCUUAAUAUGGAAAGUCAGAUUGGAUUUUGAAUCGUUUUCCUCAUCACAUUUAUUUGUGGUGUGAAAUCAGAAUCAAAUCUGAAAUGUGCUUCAAUGUAAAGGUUCUGAUUGGGUUUUCAAUAGUUUUUCUCAUUAUUCGCAGUGUAUAAACCAGAAUUUGUUGAAGUAAAAACGCAGGUUACCAUUUCAUAUGAAACCCAAUGUGAUCUGAAUCCAUAUGUGGUGUGAAAUCCGAAUUUGAUGUAGAUUGUUUCAACGUGAAUGGUCAUAUUUAAUUUGUUUUUAAUCAUUAAUCGUAAUACACCUUUAAGUGUGGUAAAAACGCAGCUUGCACACUCACACAAAGCACAGUGUGACCUGAAUUGCAUCCAUACGUUUUGUGCAAUCAGAGUGAAACUAGAUUGUGUUUCAGUGUUAAUUGUCAGACUGGAUUUGAAAUAAUUGCUCUCAUCAGUCUGAUUUUUGUUUUAUAACCUUGCAGAUUACAAAUUUGCACACAACCCAAUGUGAAUCUGAGUUGUUCUAAUGUGAAAGCGCAGACUGGAUUUCAAAUGGUAUUUCUGAUCACAUUUAUAUGUGGUGUGAAAUCCUAAUCCAUGCUGCAUUGUUUUAAUGUGAAGGGUCAAACAGAAUUUCAGAUAGUUUUUUCUCAUUAUUCAUAGAAUAUGAACCAGAUUUUGUUUUAGUGAAUGCAGGUUACUAAUUCAUAUAAUACUGAAUUGCAUCUACAUCUUGUGUGAAAUUAGAAUCAAGUGUGGAUUGUGCUUCAGUGUGAAUGGUCACAUUGAGUUUUUCCUCAUCGUUCAUAACGCCUCUUUGUGGUGCGGUAACAAUUCAGCUUACAAACUUACAUGAAACACAGUGUGAUCUGAAUUACGCCCAUAUCUGGUGUGAAAUCAGAAUCAAAUGUGGAUUGUGUUUCAGUGUGAAUGGUCAUAUUGAGUUUUUCCUCAUCGUUCAUAACGCCUCUUUGUGGUGCGGUAACAUUUCAGCUCACAAACACAGUGUGAUCUGACUUGCAUCCAUAUGUGAUGUGAAAUCAGAAUCAAAUUUGGAUUGUGUUUCAGUGUGAGUGGUCUAUUGAAUUUGAAAGAGAUUUCCUCGUCAUUCUUAAGACCUCUUUGUGGUGCGGCUUAUAAACACCAUGUGAUCUGAAUUACAUCCGUAUGUGGUGUGAAAUCAGAAUCAAAUGUGGAUGCUGUUUGAGUGUGAAUGCUCAGACUGGAUUUGAAAUAUCUUUUCAAACCCUUUUUAAGGCAUCAACCAGAUUCUGGUGUUUUGUGUUGAUGCAGUUUGUUCUUUUGCAAGUUAAAGUCUUGUUUUUCAUUGUUUUAUUGGUAUUACAUACCUUGCGAAGCAAUCCACUUUUUACUUCUGCUUUUUUUGUCAAGACACCUGGUGAUUUUGUUUCGUUUUUAUUUUAUUUUUUGGCUAUUAGACUUAUUUGUUUUAAUGUAGUCACUUGAGUGGUUUAAGCAGUUACUUCUACUCAGUAGACAUAUUUUGUUUGGCUUCUCUGUGGUUGCUCUCUUUAUUGAAGAAAAGAAGGAUUCGAGUGUGCCGUGACUCUAAGACUGCAGUUGAAUUAAGUGUGCUGUGACUAUUGACAGAGACUGAAGUAUGACAGUUGGUUUGCAUACGCCUUAGAGAAAUUAAUGAAUGUGUUUUAUGGGAACGUUUGUUUUUUCGAUAGUGAAGAAGUUUUUAUUAUUUACUUCACCGUUUAGAGAAUUUUGUGGCACGUGCGCAGCUAAGAUUUGUAGUUAAUUGAAAGUGCAGGAGGAAGUGCAAGAAAGCAAGUCUUUAUUUUGCUGUCGAAUGAAAGUUGUUGAAGUGAGAAACAUUGGAGGUGUUUUUGUGUGGUUACGAACAUAUUCACUUCCUAUAAUCCUCAGCCUUCCUUUUAUAGUAUUAUGCACACACACACACAAACAAAAUAAAACCGGCCUAACUAUGCAUAACAAACUACAUAAGCAAAUAUCGGGUGACAUUGUAAUAUCCUAACAUGGUUUCUGAUGGUUUUAUAUAGGUUAACAACGCUCCAAAUCUGCGGUGUUGCUUUUUUAACCUCAAAUAUAGUCAAUCAAGUAUUUUUUAUUUUUUUUUGUCUCCUUUUUGUUUAGUUAUAUGAAUAACCGUACUGUUUGUUUGAAUGCAUCUCAACUCUUUUGCUAUAGUUGUGUGUUGCUGAGGAGAGAUUUCAGCUGACCUCUUAGCUGGUGUUCCAGAGUUUCUCACACUUGUUCAUUUCAAAUACUGUUAAAAUCUUUCUAGGAGUUUUGUACACAAAAACUAUUGAAACUAAAGGAAUAAAAAAGACAUACUAAA